GAUAGCGAUACCUCCGACAGUUCCCUCGCAGCCCCCAUCGCCAUCAUCGCAUCGGCUACUCACUACUGUACCAAUCUACCACUACCACUACUCCCAACUACUUUGACUACCCUCCCAACUACUUUGACUACCCUCCCACGCUACAGUACCGCAUUAUCCGGUCCAAGGCGAGCCUCACCUUUGCGAUACACCUGCACCACCUGCACCACCCCCAAGAAAAAGCUUCCCCUCCUCGUCCUGCCCUCCUUCAUCCCUACCCUCAUCUCACCCCUCCCCUCACUACAGUACACGACUACUGCACUCUACAGCAGCACUGCGGUGCGUCUGACACACACGACGUUGCGCCGCCCACAGCCCACAGCCCAGCGAAAGGAAGCGUCCUGGAAGCACCCAAGGACUCGUACUCCAGCACUACAGUACUACUGAAGCACGAAGCACCAAGCACGAAGCACUGAAGCACGGCAAAGCAAAAACGUUAAGCUCUGACGCGCUGACAUCCAUCGCCAACCCCUCUUCUAGGAAGUACCAAGAAGUCCUUCAGUACGUAGGUACUGGUACGGUGCUUCCGCCAGUCCCUCCACUCGCAUCUCCAGCGCUGCAGCACGCACCAGGAAAACUCCAGGACUACUGGAGUACUGUCGCCGGUAGGGUACCGAGGGUAUCAGGUACCUAGACUCCGGCCUCGAGCCACCUGAGCAUAAGCCAAUCUUCAUAGCCGCUGGCCUGCAGUUCUUCCCACACCCACCCCGCUUCUGAUUGGCACGAAGCAAACCUUCGCUACUUUCCACUGCAAACGAAGGUUGUGACCCGGUCUGGUCCUGGUCUCGUCGUUCCUGCCUUCCUGCCUUCCAUCAUGACAACACGAAGACUCACCAAGAAGCAAAAACCGCCCUCGGUAUGCGAUAAUCCCUCGCUGCGCAGCCAGAAGAGCGCUGGGAGUCUGCAACGCAACAACACCACCAGCGGCCCUUACACCUCCUACCAACGGUCGACGGCGACGGCGAACAACGCACAGGGUCACGUCCGACAAAUAACCUCUCCCAACCCUGCCCUCUACACCUCAACCUCGUCGAAUUCAAACUCGUCGCUGGAUAACCACUACUCCUACUCGUCUCAAAGCGCCGCAGAAGUCAGUGGCGGGGCAACCCAGAGUGGCGUGCAAUCCAAGGCCAGCUCGACGCGUCGUCUCAGCGACAAGAGCGAGCAAGACCUUCUGGGAGCUCCGUUCGAUGGUACCGGCAUUUUGAAUCAUUGGGACUCAUCAAAAGUAACCGGCACCGGCUACCAAAGCUCUCUACGACGACCCCCUCCGCCACCUCUAUCCCACACGAGCCCUGAUCCUCGAGGUGUCAAUCCCAAGCUCAAACACUCCAAGAGCUUCACCAAGGGAGAAAAGAUCAAGAUGAAUGAAAAGUCCGCCCCACGCAUUGGUGAGAACCAGCUCAUCAGCCCCAAGCGCUUCUCCGAUGAGACCAAGGAGCCAAAAGCUGGGAUGCUACGUAAGAAGUCGGGCUUUACAGGCUUCAUGAAUCAAAUUGGAAUCGGAUCGCCUAGAGGGGUAAAAAUUUCAGCUCCAGAGAACCCUGUUCACGUUACUCACGUAGGCUAUGACCAGGAUACGGGUCAAUUCACGGUACGUCCAUCGAAUGAUCUGCAGCGAUCGGCAAGGUUGAAAGGCUUAGGUGGAGACUGCUAAUGGUCACAAUUAGGGUCUUCCGAAAGAAUGGCAGCGCAUGCUCAACGAUAGCGGAAUCACCAAAAAGGAGCAGGAAACACACCCGCAAACCAUCGUGGAUAUUGUGGGAUUUUACAAUGAAAAUGCCAACAAGGGAGGUGACGAGGUAUGGGACAAAUUUGACCACGCCAAUGUACCUGAGAUGCGCAAUGCUCCCAACGGCACUGCUCUCUCACCCGCACUUCUGAGCACGCCAGGCUAUGGAUCGGUAGCAAGUCCUCCAGCAAGUCCUCGAUUCCCAGCAAACCAUGAGACGAGCUUUGAGAACCCUCGAUCGCCUCCUCCGGUUCCACGAGGGACGGUUCCAGGCUCUCCUCAAGGUUUGGCAUUGGCUCUCCAACAAAAGGAUACGAAUGGUCUUGUACCAACUCGCCCAGCACCACGGCCACCAAUCCAACACCAAGGACCAACCCGUGCGGCUCCUCCUCCACCAAUAAUGGGUAAAGACUCUGGAAUCGGAAUGCCUCGUCAAAGCGAAGAUCUUCCUGCCUUGGCUUAUAUCCCACCUCCGCCGUCCGAGUCGAUGCCUGGAGAUGGCCAACGCUCGCGCUCAAACUCGAAAGCAAGCGGCGCCUCUCCUUAUGCCACACCAAUCAAACAACAAUACGCUUAUCAAGCCGAGCAGCAAAACGCCAUGCAUGUAUCUCAGCAAAAUCAGAUGGCCCGCGCACCAAGUAAAAAGCACAUCCAAACCCCACCGACUCCACAAGGCCAAUUCCAGCAUCGUGCGCCGGAGCUUAAUGGUGUCCCACACCCAAGUCAACAAGCGAGACAGGUGCCAGGUCCUCGACCACGACAACGACCACGUCAAAGUACCGGAUUUGAUGUAGUCGCUCGCUUGAAGCAAAUUUGCUCAGAAGGUGACCCAAGAGAAAUUUACAAAGAUUUGACAAAGAUUGGCCAAGGAGCUUCAGGUGGAGUUUAUACUGGUUACGAGAGAGGUACUAAUCGAUUAGUGGCUAUUAAGCAGAUGAACUUAGAACAACAGCCAAAGAAAGAUUUGAUCAUCAAUGAGAUUCUUGUCAUGAAGGACAGUUCUCAUCCUAAUAUUGUCAAUUUCAUUGAUAGCUUCCUUAUUACUGGAGAACUAUGGGUAAUUAUGGAAUUCAUGGAGGGAGGAAGCUUGACUGAUGUUGUCACUUUUAAUAUUAUGUCUGAGGGGCAGAUUGGAUCGGUUUGCAGAGAGACACUAAAGGGUCUGCAGCACCUGCAUUCAAAGGGUGUUAUUCAUCGUGAUAUUAAAUCAGAUAACAUCCUUCUUUCACUAGAUGGAAACAUUAAGCUAAGUAAGUAAACCUCCUUGAACCCAAUUCCGCAGACCGAUUUUGACUUGAUCGGUUUCUAAAUCGGAUAUCUUAAUCUGAUUUGUAAAUUGAUUUUGUCAAAAUCGGUUUUGUUAUUUAGGCCUGUUAAUCAGAUGUAUGACACCGAUUCUGUGAAGUCGGUUUUGCCAGAGCAGACCGACUUUUCCCAGUCUUUGUGUGGGCAUGGCAUCUUACAAAAAUCAGUCAUCCAAAACGAAUCAGCCAUACUAACUAUCUCUCUAGCCGAUUUCGGUUUUUGCGCUCAAAUCAACGAAGCUCACAACAAGCGAACAACUAUGGUUGGAACUCCUUAUUGGAUGGCACCAGAAGUUGUGACCCGCAAAGAGUAUGGACGUAAGGUUGAUAUUUGGUCACUUGGAAUUAUGGCUAUUGAGAUGAUCGAGGGCGAACCACCGUAUCUCAACGAGUCGCCUCUUAGAGCCUUAUACCUGAUUGCAACGAACGGUACUCCUGCUAUCAAGGAUGAGGCAUCUCUAAGUCCUGUCUUUAGAGACUUUCUUCAAUUUGCUUUGAAGGUAGAUCCUGAAAAGCGAGCUAGUGCCCAUGAUCUGCUACGUGUAAGUUCUCCUGUCUAGAAAUGUACACUCCCAACUGAUACUGACAUCAUUUCUUAGCAUGAAUUUAUGAAGCAAUGUACGGAUCUGAUUGAGUUGGCACCACUUGUGCGUUCCGCCAGAAGUGCUAGAGCUCAAGAGAAGGCCGCAAAAGCGGCAGCAUGAGAAUCUGUUCUCGCCAACGAUUUAAGUAAAACGCAAAAUCUCCAAUCUUCAUACACAUAUUUUGGGGCGGCAAGAUGCACAAAACGAAAAGCAGUUUGGUCAUAUCAACCAAUCCUUUUCGUAUAUUUUCAGCACGAUUCAGCGAGGCAACAAAGUCACAGCACUUCAAGCAAACCCUGGCGUUUCUGGUAGGCGUAAGGAUUGUGCUGAUUCCCAAAACUCUUUGCGUUGCAUCAUCAGGCCAAGGGCUGGGCUGGCUUGAUAUUUUCUUUGACUUAUUUGGGGGUUUCAUCUCUUGUUUUCAUUUUCAAAGGCUUUCCAAUGGAUUUCGCAGCAAGACACAAGGGAGGUGAUGUGUCUGUGGUCCUCAUUUUGCUGCCAGGAGUGCUUUUACUAUACCAGGGAAGAGGUAUGGGAGGAGAUUCGACGUUUUCUUUUUUACCUUUUCUGUUGAUAUUAGAUGGUGGAUACCUUUUUUGUCUCGUUCUUUGCUUCGUUCAUCCAUUUCACAUACAUCAGAUAUAUACUACUCUUCUGCAUAAGGGGGAUCUGAGAGUGAUGGAUGAAGGGAUUGUGGAUAUUCUUCUCUACUCAGGCAAAUGUCUUGUCGGCUCGCAUAGCUGACUGGUGGACUUGGGUGUGCUCAAAGCCUGAGUGCUGAUUGGCAAGGAAUGAAGGAAAUUCGUAUGGGAUGGAUAUGGAUAUGGAUUGGGGCAAAAGUAUAUUGAUGGGAUGUACAUUCCCUUGAUUAGAAAGGCAAUUUUGAGGGAAUGGAUGGAUGGAAUGGCGGUGGAAUGGGACGAAUGAAUGGAUGAAUUAUAGAAUGGAUGGAUGGAUGGAUGGAUGGGAUUUCUUCUCUUUUGUGGAUGAUCAAAAGGAGUGAAGGUGGAAGGUGUGGUCUCUGUCGGUCACUGUCUGUGGUCCAAUUGCUUCACAGACUGACACACAGACAGAUAACCAGAUAGCCAUGGUAGAUUCCCCACUGAAAUGAAAUGAAUCAACU